AUGGGGAACGAUAUUGGGGACCUGUCGGUCCAGGAGAAGGAGGCCAAUGUGUCUGCCCAGCUAGAGGAGCUUGAAGCCCUUGAGGCGAUUUAUGGGGAAGGUUAUGAGGCCGUGGGAGGUUCCACCGCAUCGCCGCAGCUUCGCAUCCGGGUGUCCGAGAUCCCACUCGUUAGCCUCCACCUGCGCUUACCUGUGGGGUACCCGUCCCGCGACUUUCCGGAAUUGGAGAUCAAAGCGCCGGGGCUCGGGCAGGCGGCACGCAGGAAACUCCGCGAAGCCCUGUUGCCUUCGGCUUCCCCAAGUAGUGAAGCCGUGGAAGUCGCCAAACCAUCCCCUGGUGGGACCGUCGUCGUUUUUGAUUGGGUCGAGACUCUCCGAGACUUGCUAUCCCGAACAGACUACACCAGCGGUUCUCCUGCAGCAGACGGCGGCGACGACAACGACGGCGACGAGACAACCGUUUCGACGCUCCCCGCAACAACGGGCAAAUUUGACGAGGACGAGGAGGCAGGGGAAGAACCAUUGGAAGCGGAACUCCCGGCGGAAGAGUACAUGGAGAUUUUCCACGGCCAGGCGUUCACGGAUCGAAAGAGCACGUUCCAGGCGCACCUCGCAAGGGUGUCCUCCGAGUCUCAGGUGACGCGGGUGAGGCGUCGACUGAUGGAAAACGGUAAGGUUGCCCGUGCGACCCACAACGUGGCCGCCUGGAGAGUAUGGGACGAGGACAGGGGGGUUCAACUGCACGACAACGACGACGAUGGCAAGUGAGAGUGGCGCAGGCAGCCGACUGGCGCACAUGCUGGCCAUCACUGGAGUUCAGAACGUCGUGGUGGUUGUGUCACGGUGGUACGGGGGCAUACACCUCGGACCCGACCGUUUCAAGCACAUCAACAACGCGGCGAGGGAACUGCUCGUGUACUGCGGCGCCACCAAAGCAGACGGGGAAAUAGGGCGAGGCGGGGCAGGAGGGAAGGCAAGGGUUCGACGGAAACGAGGCUCGGGAGGCGGCGGAUCAUAGAUGCAAAAAUUGCGGCAGAAUAUUUGACAAUGGGGGGUUGGCGGUUGCGUGGAUGUGGCGGAACCGGUCAGCAGGUCCGUCCAGAACAGCCUGGCGUCUCUUGUAGGAGGGUAGUCGACGCGUCUAUUUUUAACGGGAAAGAUCAUCACACAGGCGACUCCCCUUUUGACAAGCUGCGAAAAAGCAACACAGAGCAACAAGAGAACACUAUCAGGUUGCAGUGCGUGUCCACUACUGUUUGGGCCUGUUGAACAUGUCCAUCCGUUGACAUUCGGGCACACGAUUUCCUGCCACGUUGCGGAGAACCAAACGAGAUCCGCGCAUGCGCGAUAAGGCGCCUGGUCCGUAAUCUUGUCAGUUGGAAGAAAUUCAAAGCAGUCUGUGUCGAAAUUCCAAUCCGAGUUGGGUUGGUUGCUGCGCCGGAAACAAAAGGACGUAGAUGGAGGUUUUUUCGAGUUGUGUUCGUCUGGAAGA